AUGCAAAAUAAGGAAAAAUCCCACCCCAACCUCAAAUACCUCAGCAGAGAAAAAGUAGGAGCCUACACUGGAAACAACAAUACAAAUACAAAUAUAAAUCAAUAUAAUAAUAAUAUUGGUAGUUCUUUUAAAACUAAAGCUAUACCAACCAUAACCAAUCCAAUCUUAAAACCUGGGCAAAAUAAAAAUCCUUUACAAAAACCCAGUUUACCUUCAAAAAUAUCACCCCAACCAAUACAACCAAUACAACAACAACAACAACUACAACAACCUAAACAACUACAGCUUCCACAACCUACUGAUAUAUCGCAACAGCUUCCGCAGCAAAACUAUCAAUUUUCCUCACCCAUAAAUCAAUUAGAUGGUGAUUCUCACCAAAACUUUUUUAUUCAAACCCCAUCAAAAAAUACAUCACCACAUAUUACAUCACAAAAUUUAUUCCCAUCUGCGCCACAACAACCAAUGACUAAUAUUAAAGCAACCUUUCCACCACCCAAAACUAAUAAAACCCCACCAACAAGUAAACAGCAAUCUUUUAACCAAUCAUAUCAGCAAUUACCUCAACCAACGUAUCAAAAACAAAACGUGGUACCAUUUACAGACCAAGAUAAUGAUUGUAUGAUGGAUAAUUUUAUCUCAGAUAGUGAUUUUCUCGAAGCCUUUAAACCCCCACCACAACCAGCUUUAUCAAAUAUUAAAAAUCAAAGUAAUAAUAAUAAAAACAAUUUAAAUAUUUUAAAUAGUAGUAAUAAUAAUAACAGUAACAAUAGUAAUAACAGCAAUAUUAACAAUAAUAAUAACAAUAAUAAUUUAGCUGAAAAAUAUGAACUGCAAAUAAACCAAUUAAAAGCAAGUUUGGUAAAUAAAGAAAAGGAGUACAAAGAACUAUUAGAAAAACAAAAUUUAAUCGAAAGAGAAAGAGAACAGGAACGAAAAAAGGAAAAAGAAAAAGAACAUGAAAGAGAACUGGAAAGAGAAAGAGAAAGACACAGAGAACUAGAAAGAGAUAAAGAAAGACAAAAAGAACGUGAAAAAGAAGCAGAAAGAGAGAAAGAGAAAAAGCUUGAAAAGAGAAAAGCCGAAAUUGAUAUUCAAUCUGAAAAUGCCAAGAAAUUAAAAUCAGAGUCAUUAAUAAAUGUCCAAAACAAUAUUCAAAAAGAAAAGAUUAUACUGGAUGAAAUCAUGGAUGAUAUCUCUAUACUAAACCCAUUUUUUAAACCAAAACCAACAUUCAAUAAAGAAUUACAUGCAAUUACUAAAAAAAAAGCAAUGAUGAACGAGCAAAGAUUACAAAUAUUACAGUUAUUUUCUUUUAAAAAUGGUUCUGUUCCAAGUAUAAUAUAUCUACUCCCCUCAAACUUUAACUCACCGUUUAUACAAAGUAAUCAUGGUUUAUUUCCAAACCCAACUCCAUUACUUUUAGGCGGAAAUAGUGGCGGUAUCUCUGCACCACAAAUAAAACCAUCUGCAACCUCACAAACCCCAUCAUCAAAACAACAAAAAUCAAAGCCCCAACCCCAAAUCCAACCUCAACCUCAACCUCAACCUCAACAGCAACCUCAACAACAGCAACAGCAACAGCAACCACAAGAAAAACAAAGCCAACAACCACCGCCACUCCCACAACAAAAACUUCCAAAACCUGAAAUGAUUAACGAUCAAAGAUCCCAUCCAAAUGAUUUAGUUUAUAACAAAACCCCAUUCUUAGUACCCACACCAUCUAAUAAUACUCAAAGGGCAACGCAAACCCAAAGAUCAAAAUCUAAUUUAGAACCAAUGUUUCAAUCAAUAGUUUUACCACCACAAUUUUGUGAAGAUCUUUCACAAAACAUCUCAAAUGUAUUAUCGUUACAAAGACCAUGCUGCAGUCUAUUUAAAUCGUUGCUCCCAUUUUUAAAACUAAACUCAGUACCACCAAUAGAAAAAGCAUUAGAUGUAAUAAUAACAUUAUUAAUAAACAGUGAUGAAUGCUUAAAUUUUUUCGUUUCAGAUCUUUCAAAUACAAAAUUUCAGUCAUCCUCUUUAUCACAAAUAACAUCAACAUUAAUUUCACAGCAACCAAUAAAUACACAACCUAAUCAAAACCCUAACCUACCAUCAACUACACCUAAUAAACCACACUACCUAACACUACCAAAUAACCAAACUGCCAAUUUGUAUCCAAUUCCAAACUUGGUUCAAAAUCCAAGAAUAUUUUCACUUUCACCCAUAACAAAUAUAAUUAGCAAUAAUAAUAAUAAUAAUAAUGAUAACAAUAAUAAAUUAAAAGAAAAGGAUAAUAAGGAAAUAGAAAUUGUAACACUAUCAAAUAAUGUAAAUAUAUCAUCAAACUCACCACAUCAUGAAGAUACCCAAAUUAUAAAAUAUUUAAUUGAAAAUUUUAAUAAUAUUUUAAACUUAGUUGGUAAUAAUAAGAGUAGUAAAAUUAUAGAUAAUAUAUUGACAUUGUUCAUAUUGGUUAUUGAUAAUAUUUUAUCAACCCAACCACCACAACCAAUUUAUCAACAAAAACAGCAUCAACUAAAAUCUAAUAUAUUCUCAAUUGAUAAUCCAAUUUUAGUAUUACAAAAAUUUGAUAGUGUAUUACAGCAACCAAUUAUUGUACAGAUGUUUUCAAAUAGCACAACAAUCGAACAAAAAACCCUGUUUAUCGAAUUUAUUGAAAGAUUUUUAGGGCAAUCCGAUCUUGUAACCUUAUUGAUAGCAGGUGGUGGAGAAGAUGUUAAUGGGUUCUUUGUUAAGGCAGCUAUAUGUUUAGGUUUACCAAUAUCAAAUAGUCAACAAUGUUUAAAACUAAUAUCCUUAAAGUUAAAGAUUGUCAAACUACUGGCCAAAGCAGUGAUGAUUUACAAGAAACUUAUUGGAGCAUUAUUUAGAGAUAUAAUAUUCCAAGCAGGUAUAAUGUUAAUUUCGGAUAUAUUUAAUAAUGCAUUGGAUUUAAAUCUCUUUGAAGAGAAUGAACAACAAAAACAAAGUACAACCCUAAUCAAAGAAACUUUAAAACUCAUAUAUUCUUGGUUCAACAAAUUUACAGAGAACAUCAGCUUAAAAGGUUCCGAAAAAGAAAUUGAUCUCUUAAAAGCUACAACACUUCGUAUUUCAAAAUAUAAUCAUAUCAACUCUUUAAUAGAAUCAAUUUUGCUCUGUGAAAAUUUAGUAGAAUUUAUUGACUCUUGCGAAACUCAAAUAAAUCAACAAACAAAUACCUCAACGGAUCAAAGUACAAACGAAUCUGAUAACAGUUCGCCCGAAUCAAAUAAUUUUAGAAAAAAAUAA